GGUGUGGUGCUGAAGAGACAACUCUCCUCGGCUCUGCCCCUGCGCUCAGUCGCUCUCGCUCGGUCCGCAGCCUCCAGCUGGUCCGUGGAUGUGGCCGCCUCAGAGAUCCUUCUGUUCUUCUUUAAAUCCGCGCUCAGCACCGGACAACACUCAUUGAAGCCAGGCAGCGUUUCACACGUCACCCGAAGCCCAUGCGGGAGACAUUUCCAACAACUCACUCUCUCCAGGUCCUAAGGAAACGGUGAUGUUUAACGGCCGGGUGAUGUUUAAUGGCCUCCCGAGGUCACUCGAGUCCUCGCAAUUGUAGAUCCUUCAUCAACGGAAACACUCCUGUCAUGGAAACCCCUUACCGCCAGACUGCGCUCCUUGACCCCCCUUGUACAAAGUGUAAUUGCUGAGGGAGGGGAGGUGUUACUGAGACAGACUUGUCUGUGAAGAUAAAAUAAAAAAAUCACCCCAAACCAUGUAGUGUAACUCUCUACAAGAAGGGGGGAGGGUUUACAUUUGAGUCUGAUUUCUUUUUUUUAUUUAUUCAUGCUCAUGUCAUCUCUGGAACAGAUUUGCAUUUGCUUGUUCAAAGAGUGCAUGUGGAUGUGGACAUAGCGUGCGAGGUGAGGAGAAAGCGACAGAGAGAGAAGGAAAGAGGGAGAAAGGAAAGGAAAGAGAUGGUUCUCCACACCACCCCUUACUCUGGGGCCUGUCUGCACUUCCUGGAUGGCUUGUCGUGGAGCCUGGUGUUCCCCUGCUACUGGCUCCUGGACCAGCUCCUGGCCUCCUGCGUGGCCACGUCGCUGGAGAAGCAUCGGCGCUCCCAGGACCCCUGCUCUUUCCUCACCCUGUGCGUGCUGAUCUCCGCGCCCCUUUAUCUACUCCUCCUUCUUGCCUCCCUGCCACUCGCCCUGCUGGGCUUCGUCAUCUGGGCUCCCCUGCAGGCCGUCCGCCAGCCAUACCUGUACACCCACCGCAGGCCAGACAAACAUCAGGCCGAGCAGGGCCAGGCCGGGCCAGGGGGGGUCGGCCUUGGGGAAUGGAGGCCACAGGGCAGAAGCUUCUGUUUCUGCAGUGCCAACGUGUGCCUGUUGCCCGACUCUCUGGCCAGGUUCAACAACCUGUCGGACACGCACAGGAGAGCCCGGGAGGUGGGGAAGAGGAUCCGCAACGGUGCCAGUCGGCCUCAGAUUAAGAUCUACAUCGACUCACCUACCAACACUUCCAUCAGCGCAGUGUCCUUCAGCAGCCUUGCCACAGGAUUCCGCCGCACCUCCUCUCUGGAUCAGCGCCCAGACCAAACCCACACCACCAACGGACGAGCCGACCCCGAAACCGAACCCCUCACCGAGUGCCCAAAUCACCCCUCAGGUGCCGCCGACUGCCCCGUUCACCCCUCUGCAGGAGACCAGGGUACCUCUGAAUGCCCUCUUCACCCAGACGGAGGAGACACAACCGCAGUCUGUCCCCUCCACCCUGUGGGGACCAACGGUAGCUCAGACUGUCCCGUUCACACCUCAGGGGAGGCUCCAGACUGCCCCUUGCAUUCCUUGCAAGAUGGCCAGGGCCUUCAUGACUGUCCGGUGCAUGGGGAAGGGACCCAGACAAAACCGUCCUCAGACUGCCCACUUCACGCCUCAGGGGUUCAAAUCAGCAUCAGCGCCCCAGAGCCAGACCCACAAGAGGAGGAGGCCGAAACAGGGAACCAUCGGCCUGGGGAGCAGACGGCUGGAGACACGGGCAGCAUGACUGCCUCCAGGGAAUCCCUUGCUCGUUACCAUGGCGGUGACGGUGGCAUUGGCAUAUCCUCCAACAAUACUCUCUCUCACGUCCCUCGCACGUCAAUCUUUAAGCGCCCCGGGAGAAAACGCCGCCAUGGAGAUGAGACAUUCGACCACGAGAUCUCUGCCUUUUUCCCUGCCAACUUGGAUUUUCUGGCUCUACAGGAAGUGUUUGACCACGGGUCGACGACCAGACUGCGGCGUCAGCUGCAUCGUUACUUCCCCUACGUGCUGAGCGACGUUGGCCGGUACGGCUGGAAAGGAUGCUGCUCAAGCUUCAAAUUCUUGAACAGUGGGCUGAUGCUGGCCAGCCGUUACCCAAUCCUGGAUGCACGGUUCGAGUGCUACCCCAACGGGAGAGGGGAGGAUGCACUGGCAGCCAAGGGCGCGCUGUUUGCCAAGGUCCACGUGGGCACCUCGCACCAGGAGCAGAGGGUUGUGGGAUACCUCACGUGUACGCACCUCCACGCCAUAGAAGGGGAUGCGUCCGUACGCUGUGAGCAGCUGGACCUGUUGCUCCAGUGGGGGGCGGAGUUUCGCCAAUCCUCGUCCCAACCACCUGAAGGAGAGAAGGUUCUGGAAGACCUGGUGGCCUUUGAUGUCGUCCUGGGAGACCUCAACUUCGAUAAUUGCUCUUCAGAGGACAAGCUGGAGCAGCAGCAUGCACUUUUUACUCAAUACAAGGACCCAUGUCGCCUGGGGCCAGGGGAGGACAAACCAUGGGCUCUGGGUACUUUGCUGGACCCCAGUGGCCUUUAUGACGACGAGGUCAGUUCACCGGAAAGUUUACAAAAAGUGAUGGAGAAUGAGGAGGGGAGGAAGGAGUACCUGGUGUUCCCUCCCAGUAAGAGCCACUGUCCCGCCAGCAGUCAGAAGGGGAGGAAGAUCCCUCUGAAGGGCAACGGGCGGCGGAUUGACUACAUGCUCUACAGCGACGAGGGCCUGCAGCAGGACUGGAAACUGGAAAUUGAGGAGUUCAGCUUUGUCACCCAGUUGGCUGGCCUCACCGACCACCUGUCUGUGGCCAUGCGAUUGGCUGUUUCCACCGGGGAAGAGGAGCCUUAGAUUGACCCCGUGAGCUUUAAAAAAAAGAAGAAAAAUGAAAAUACUGCCAUGGAGGACUAACAGACGACCAGGAAGAGAAGAGGAGAUGACACGUUUACAGAUCUGCUUGAGAAAGAGAGAGAGAGAGAGAAACGGACGGAUGAAUCAGUGGGGAAGCGCUCAGCGGAUGGAUGGAUUUAGAGAAGGUAGAGGAGGGCGGCAGCAGAGGAGUGAUAUGAAAGAGGAAGACUCUGGAGGGGAGAGAUAAGCCGGGGCAUUCAGUUUAGAAAGCCAGAAAGAUAUUCAUCUUCCUGGGUAAACCGCCCACACACACACACACACACACACACACACUAAAUACAUUACCCAACACACAAACACCAUUGAUCGACAUUGUGACUGUUGAAUAUUGCCCGGCCUCUCCGCCCUUCUCCUCCGAUACUCUCUGCUGAACUGAAUCCACAGGGUUUUAUUUACAGCCAUUCGGUUUUUAUGUAGCCAAUUUACACACACCCCUUUUUAUUUUAGCCCAAAUGUAUGAUUCUGUUUUCUUUUUUUUAUGAUUCUACCUUCAGGGACAGUUGUAUCAAAGGCAAACACAUCAUUUAAGUGACAUGAGUGAGGCGUACGGCUCCUGACCGCUUUUACACUGACCGUUGUGUCCUUGUGUCGUGCUCCUUCCUGAUUGGUCGUUCACCUUACUACUCCCACGUCUGCCCCAGGAACCUCAACAAGUGUCUUUUUUUCUAAAAAAACUAAACUAAACUAAAUUAGUCUUUCUAAAAAAAGGAGAAAAAUAUAAUGAUACACUUUAUAUUGUCGCCACACCACUUUUUAUAGGGCGUUUAAAUGCCUGUUUAAUACUAUAUGGUAUGUUUCUAAAAAAAAAAAAAAAAAAAAUGUUAUUGUGUAAAGGGACAUGAAAUUGGAGGAGAAGUUGUUUGUUCGAUGCAUUGCGAUGCUUAUAGCAUGCGUUUCAGCCAUGAGUGGUGGAAAUCAGACACUUUUGGUGUCAUAGCGGGAGCUGAGGCUUUGCGGAUGCAUGAUGGGAAACGGUAUCAGUUUACAACAUUAAUAUAGCGUCUUGAUACACUUGCUUGCUUGAGUCUGGCUGCCUGACGAGUCAAGAGGUGCACACUUACUGUAUGCCGGUGUGACAUUUGUGCAUGUGAGACUCCACCCUGUUGGUGACACUGAACACACAGAAACAUACUGAAGACGUGCGUGAAGCAGCUCCACGCAUGGUGUGUGGGGGCGGGGGGGAUUCAGCUGAUUUGUGCCGGUUAUUUUGAAGGUCCCCAAAUGACAACGUGCAGCCAUCUUUGGAGAGUAGAUGUCAGUUAGCUAACAAACCAAUGUAGCUAUGGGUUUAGCAAGCCAUCUCUGUCUUUGUCCUGUGCACUCGCCAACACACAGCCCGGUUGUUGGUUUGAGCACAGCCAGUGUUCCAACGGAUCAGCCUGAUGACAGACAUAUUGUGACGCAACUGCAAAACCUCAUAAUACAGAAACAUUUUGACGACCACACACUACCGUAGAAUAUGCCAAGUUUACGCAAACACGUUUUAUAAUCGUCUGAACGGACCCAAGGAGGCAGGCUGUGUUCGAAAUGUCAUGCUAACUUACUGCAUGCUACAGCAUACUGCUGGAACGAAGAUAACGUGGGACGAAAGUAAUGCCGUGCAGAAGGAACGUGGUAUGGAAGGAACGCACCAUACGAGUCUGAUAUGCCGUACCACGUGAGCAUGUGCACUACGCAACACUCACCAGGGCCGUGAAACAUGGCGUGGCUACGUCAUACUGUCAGUGUUUUACCCACAAAGUUGUUUUGGAUCACGGCAAGUAAAUUCCAAUUUUUCUUUAACGACAAAUUGUGUGUUUUGUGUGUCGUAGUCAUGAUUAUUUGACAGAUUAUUUAGUAGUUGAACACAGCCUGAGGUUUGCCAUGUCAGGAGUUUUUCAGCAUUUAAGUUCAUACCGUUGUGUUACUUUUGAC